CGUCAGACAAGACCGUAAAAUCGCCAAAUACACAAGAAAAUCGUUAUUCUCUUGUGUCGUGGCCAGAAAUAGAGAAAAAGGACCUAAGUAUGGUUUAUCGCAACCGUAACAAUCACAAAAACUCGGCACAACGUUCCAGCAAUCCGUGGCAUCAGAAUCCGACCGCGGAACCAGCUAGUAAUAACCAGCGGCCGAAAACAGUAACUGGGAAAAAGUCUAGUAAAACAACAGCUGAUAAUGAUGAAAAUUUUCUGAAGCAAUCAGAGGAAAAGUUCAACCAAGCCCAUCGGAAACAUGUGGAAUCGGCUAAGAAGUACACCCAACAAUACGAAUCUAGCGAGGAUGAAGACGAAGGGGACACCGCAUCGCAGGAAAUACUGGGUACUGUGUUGAAGAAUUAUACUGGGUAUGGGGGAGACAUCGACAAAACGCAAGAAUAUCUGCAAAACCUGUUGGAAUCUCGUUCAGCGGUUUGUUUGAUUUGUAUCGGAGCAGUGAAACGAGCAGAUUCGAUUUGGUCCUGCAGGAAUUGUUACACCUUUUUUCAUCUGUUGUGCAUUCAGCGCUGGGCUAACGACAGCGUGUCUUUGAAACGCAUCAGCCACGAGCAGCAGGAAGGUUACUACAACAACCGGGGAGAGUAUGUCCCUAAGCCGGCUCUUUACGUUCACUGGGAUUGCCCAAAGUGCCGCAAGGAAUACGAACCGGUGGACAUUCCGAGACACUAUGAAUGCUUCUGCAGUAAGGAACAGAAUCCUCAGAAUCACUUGUGGUUGAUUCCGCAUUCUUGCGGAGAGACAUGUCAGAAACGAUUGGUACCGGACUGCGGCCACAGCUGUGUGCUGCUCUGUCAUCCCGGGCCGUGUCCACCAUGUCCCCAGACAAUCAGCAUCUCCUGCAAGUGUGGUCAAUCUGCACCGAAAACUAUUCGAUGUUCACAACGAAGCUGGACAUGUCUUAAAACGUGCAAACAAAAACGCAACUGCGGUAUUCACGAGUGUGGCAAAGUAUGCCAUUCGGCAGACGAGUGUCCCCCGUGUCAAAGUAGAAGUAAGCAAAAAUGUCUUUGUGGUAGUAAAACUAAGGAGGUGAAUUGUUCGGAGUCAGACUGGCAGUGCGGCAAAGUGUGUGGCAACAAGUUUGCCUGUGGAUUACACUCCUGCGAAAAAAAUUGCCACAGCGGCAGCUGUGGCGAGUGUCCACAGGGUUUACCAAGAACGUGCCCAUGUGGAAAGACCAGUACCGUUGCAUCUUGCUCGGAGGAAAUUGGAACUUGCGGUGAUACGUGUCAGAAGUUCCUUGAAUGUCAGGUUCAUCGCUGUAGCGAACGAUGUCAUCCGGGCCAAUGCGGUCAGUGUUUGGAACUGAUCAAGAAAUCCUGUCGAUGUGGUUAUAUGAGUAAGGAAGUGGCUUGCCAUAAACAGCUAAGCUGUGAAACGAAAUGCAAGAACAUCCGUAGUUGCAACAAACAUCCGUGCAACAGAAAAUGCUGCGACGGUGAUUGUCCGCCGUGCGAUAAAUUGUGUGGGAAAACAUUGCCUUGUGGCAAACACAAAUGCAGUUCGCUCUGUCAUCAUGGUCCGUGUUUUCCGUGUAACCUGAAGGCACAGGUCAAAUGUAGAUGCGGUGGUACUACAGUGGAUGUUCCGUGCGGACGUGAAAAGAAAAUUGGUUCACCCAAGUGUCGACUACCGUGUCGCAUUCAUUCCAAGUGUCACCACACGAAUCCUCAUAGCUGCCACCAGGGCGAAUGUCCUCCCUGCCAGCAGGUUUGUGCAUUGGUAAACGAUUCCACCAAGUGUGAGCAUCUUUGCGGGGCAAAAUGUCACGAUGCGGUGCGCGUCGUUACGAAGGAUAAGAACCAUAAACCGGUCGGACCGUGGGAUGUACCGAUGGAAAUUGUCGAGAUCAAAAAACUUCCUCAUCCUCAGUGUGAGGUGAAGGUUCCCGUUACGUGUAUUGGAGGUCACGAAACAUCACUGUGGCCAUGUUAUAACUCUAAACCGGCCACGUGUGGACGUGCUUGCGGUCGAGCACUGCGAUGUGGAGUUCACACGUGUCCCCUGCCAUGUCAUACGGUAAAGAAGAUCAAUUCCACAGAGCAAGAUCCAAAGUGUCAAUCGUGUCACGUGGGGUGCGUGAUUCCAAGGCCAACCGGGUGCGUUCAUCCCUGCAAACGACCAUGCCAUCCACCACCAUGUAAUCCCUGUCAGGUCCCAACGAAAACCGCUUGCCACUGUGGUUUAACACAGAUUUUCUACAAAUGUCACGAGUUCUAUGACGAUGACACAAAAACCGAAAACGACUGGAAACAGUUCAGGGAAUCUCUGCUCAGUUGUGGUCAGAAAUGUAUCAAGAAUUUCCCCUGUGGUCACCGGUGCACGUACACCUGCCACUCAGGUGAUUGUCCCAACCCGGAGACGUGCAGUAGGAAAGUCAAGGUAACGUGCGUAUGUCGCAACCGUAAAAUGGAUGUUAACUGCGACGGAUCCAAAGGUAAAGGCAAAACAUUGCCUUGUGACGAAAGCUGUGAAGUCUUCAAAGAAGCCAAAACUCGAGAACUUACCGAAAUUGAACGCCAGCAGAAGGAACAGGAGGAAGCAGAAAAUCAACGCGCUCUGGAAGAAUACGAGAAAAAGUUUGGCCGUAAGAAAUACCGCGAAAGAAAACGAGUUCAUGUGGAGGAGACCAAAGAUAGCAAGUGGUUGGUUUACGUACUGAUAUCGAGCGGAGUUCUUCUGGCUGCAGUGUUUGCAUAUUUCAUGAUAUCCAAUUAGUUAGUUGUACCUAUUCAAUCUUCAAACAAUGCACUUCA